CGUCAGAUAUCUUGCCGGAUCGACACAAGUUCAGGGAGGGUGGUAGUGUAUAGUCUAGUAACGAUAGGGCUAUUAAAGUUGUUGGUUAUGCCAUCAAAUUUUCCUGAAUGCUGCCACUAAAUAACUACCCAUGUUAAUUGUAACUCUUUAGUCUUGAAGUGUCACUGAAACUUGAAUACUAGCAACGUUGUAGCUCAGACUGGGAGCACUCUCAAGUGGGUUGACGUAGUAACCGUGUGGAAUGGCAGCUCCCCGGCCCAUUAAAGGUAUUCUGAAGAACAAAAACAGCGGGGCGAGUAUAAAAAGGGCCCCCGAAGUCCCGGUGGAAAAUCCAGAGCAGGCAGCGCUGGGAAUAUUAGAGGACGACCAACAGAAGAAGUCGCAGAAAUGGGACGAAAUGAACAUUCUGGCCACGUAUCACCCAGCUGAUAAGGACUAUGGCUUGAUGAAGAUUGACGAGCCCAGUACGCCGUACAACCGGAUGGUGGGGGAUGAGGAUGACGAGGGGGCACUCAGUGACUCAGAUGGCAAUGCGGUCACGGUAGAUGACCUCGCCAGAAAGCAGAACAGAUGUUCCAACUACUGCCCUCAAGACAGAAACUCACUGAGGCAGAAUCCUGGUUCACACACAGUCCGUCAGACAGUCCCACAUAUUGAGCAGAGAGGGUCUUCAUUGUGCUUUAAACAUGGUUGUGUAUUUGACAUUCCCAAUUUUACAAACAGCUCCUGGUUUGCAGCAUCCUAAUGGCUGCAGCCAACCUUAUUGGCUACAUAUCACUUAAUGGAGGUGAUUUAUCCUUGGCCACUAUUUCAUGCCAGGUGAAACCCAGACCAAUCGAUUGUGCCAUUUCAAUGCCCUCCUCGAACACAUUUACCAAUUCGACAAGUUAAUGUGAGAUGAUUACCCAUCUUAGACAUUUAAUUACAGAAUUUUUGUUUAGUUUGUAACUUUAUUGCUGAAUCUAGUAGCUCUCCUGCAGGUCAUUUUUUAGGAUGCAACUGCACAUCUGUCCUCUGUGUGUUAUAGAUGUAUCAGUACAUAUAGUGCAUAUCUGUAUGUAUGUGUAGAUACUAUAUCUGCAGUAUGGAGCUGUGGGCUUCAUUGUAUGACAUUGCAGUCCCCACUGUAUGGCUCAUAAAUAUAGCUGGCAGACAUGUUGCUGUGUCCUCUCCGACCAUUGUUUACUUGCACGCUGAGCACACACUAUUUUUAUGGUCCAGUCUCAGUAAUGGAAUGGCUGCUAGCUUAUCUAGCUCAGGCUUUCAGUUGCUUAUGCCUCUGCCUCACACACACAGUCCUUUGCAUGGACACACACACACACACACACACACGCACACACACACACACACACACACACACACACACACACACACACACACAAACUCUGUUUCUUGCCUCACUUUCCCUUCAUCUCUUGUUUCUUUACUGUCGAUUAUUAUUAUUCUGUCCUCAUCAGUCCCUCUGUUUCUGUCCGUCUCUGCCCUAUGUUGUCAUCUGUUCUCCGCGGAUCCUCUCCCUGCCUGCCUCCCCACCUCUCCCUCCCUCUCUUCUGUGCUUUGAGGCUCUCUGACACUGACCUCUCCCCAAGUGCGUUGUGUUUUUGUGUUUACCACCUGCAGCCCUUUAGAAAUGCCACAAACACACAAACAACUUUACCUGACUGUCCUCGGUAAUUAUAUUUUGGGCUCCAGGGCUUUCAAGUGAACGGUCCUGGGUCAAGUCUCAACCGUGUGCGGCACAGAAGCCAGCCUCACCAUUGGAAUUCCUCUCAGAUAUCCAUGUCUAACCACAGUUGUUUGCUAAAUACUGUUGAUCUACUAUUGUGGCUCUUGCACUGUGGUGUAGGGAAAGCACAUGCAAGGGGACGUGUUCGACUUUGUCCAGCUGAGCGAAUUAAAUGUCCAGAAAUAUCUGACCUGUUUCUUUCUUUCCCAUGUAGAGAUUUUCUUUUAGCCGAUGGCUGUGUGUGAGUUCUGUUCAGUGGGUCUCGUGUCACAUCUGCCGUCUGUGCUUUUGUCUCUCUCUCUCCCUCUCUCUCCCUCUCUCUCUCUCUCUCUCUCCCUCCCUCUCUCUCUCUCUCUCUCGCU